UGUGAAACUGCCCUGUGAUCUGCGGAUGUUGUUGUUGUUGGCGUCCGUCUGUCUCGAGAGACAAUGGAGUACACCUCCAGAGGUUGCAGUCAAACUGCUGGAGAAUCGCAGCGCCUGCUGUGGCUGCAGAGAGGUAACUUGUCAUUGCUGCCUCCAGGGCCAGCUUACCCAUAGGCGCUAAGGGUGCGGGGCACCCGGGCACUGGGCUCUCAGGGGCGCCAGGCUGAGAGUCCGGGGCCGAGAUUUGGAGUCCGGGGAUUGAAGAGCCAGGCCAGGCAACAGCCGCAGCAGAGCAGAGCUCAUCGGAGCGCCUCAGCCUUUCCUGCUGCCGGCGCUGAGGCAGCCGGCUGGCUCUCCCCUCCUGCGUGCCUGGGAUUGGCGGGCCGUCAAGAGGCCCACCCAGCGCAUGCAAGCUGCUCACAUGAGGCGCAGCUUCCCUCUCAAGCCUCUGUGGGGAUUGCUCUCCUCCCUCCACGUACAGCGGCAUGGGAGAGAGUUGUGUGCCCCCCCCCCCAAAAAAAGCUCAACAACUUGGAGGAGGCGCUGGGCUGCCCAGACGACAAGACCCACUUCUUGGCCCCAUUGAUAUGGUGGACAAACUGCCCCAGAAGGAGCAUGAUGUGUCUGUCUCCCAUCAGAGGUACUACCCCUCCCCUGGCACCCAUAACCCCCUCUUUGGAUGAAGGGUGGCAUAUAAAUUUAAUUCGUCAUCAUCUAGUCUCCAAACAAAUCAUGAUGAAUGUGAAAUAAACAGGUUGUCUAAUGGGACGCGGGUGGCACUAAACCACUAGGCCUCUAGGACUUGCCGUUCGGAAGGUUGGCGGUUCGAAUCCGCUCGACGGAGUGAGCUCUCGUUGCUCUGUCCCAGCUCCUGCCAACCUAGCAGUUCGAAAGCACACCAGUGCAAGUAGAUAAACAGGUGCCGCUCUGGUUCCAUCUGUUGCACCAGAAGCAGCUUAGUCAUGCUGGCCACAUGACCCGGAAAGCUGUCUGUGGACAAAUGCCGGCUCCCUCGGUCUGAAAGCGAGAUGAGCGCCACAACCCCAUAGUCGCCUUUGACUGGACUUAUGCGGCCAGGGGUCCUUUACCUUUUACCUUUACCAAACAGGUUGUCUAGAAGCACCCCAUGAAAGCAUUAUGGGUGAAACCCUCUGGGCAUGACAACUGAGCUAUGUCUUGGUUGGUGCUGCUGCUGUUUGCCUCUUGCCAUGCUCUGAUCCUCACAGAGUGAAGAUCAGGACUCUGCUGUCCUUUUCCGUUAUGCUAACUUUUGCUGCCACACAGAGGCACUGUGGAGGAAAAGGCAGGGGAAGUUCUACUACCAAAACAAGCUUAGAAGUUAGAGGAGUUGAGUGCUAGCUGUUGGGAGUUUGUUACCAGGGUGGGGUGGGGGGAAUCGUAGUUCUGAAAGGGGUAAACCACAGUUCACAGAAUUUCUUUGUGGGGCAAACUGCUUUAAAUGUGCAGUGGCGUGCGGUGAAUAUUUUUGUAGGGGAACAGUUAGGGCCAGAGGUGCCACCAUGUGAGGGCGAUUGGGGGGGCAGAUGACGGGAUGUGGGCAUUACAGCUCUCUCCCUAAACUCCCCAAAUUUGGGAAGGAGGUGCCAGGCCUCUGAUAGGAUGCUUGAGCCCUGCUGCCUCCUUCUUAAAGCAGGGCUAAUAUGUUAUGUGCCAGCCACAGCAGUGGGAGUCGCUGGACAUCGCUGGUACCAGGUGGCACUCGAAAACGGACGUUUGUGGCGCUGGCACAUAGACCAGCUUAGGCACAGGGUUGGGGACUUGGACACUACCACAGUGCCUCCAACUGCGCUCGUGGCUCCGGAACAGACACUUACAGAUGGCGAGGCUCCACCUACACUUCUCUCGCAAACUGCAGGCAUGGAGCCGAACCAAGCCGCUUCAGAGGGUCUGCCGGACUUCCCACAGACUCAGACCACCGCCAUGCCUGACAUUCCGCCAACUCCACUCGUGGAGGUUCCACCCACAGCGGCGGAUCCAGGGGACUUGGUUUCAACGCCACGUAGGGUCGCACCACAGCCUCAGCAAGAAUCGGGCGGCCCCCCGGACCUGGGUACCGGUCCCCGGCAGUCUGGCAGAGUUUCCAAGCGCCCAACUUAUUUAAAGGACUAUGUUGUUGGACAUGUAAUACUGUCGGUCUAAUGGAAGUAGGUGAAAUGUAACCGAUACGCUUUUGUGCCUAAUUGAACCAUUACGUGUAGUGCUGUAUAUAAGGAAAUCAUUACAAUUGUAACUAACGCCUUAUCUCAGUGGGGAGGGGUGUUAUGUACGGAAGUUCUCACCCUGGGCCAGCAGGGGGAUACUGUAGAUAGUUUUCGCUCAGGUCCACAUAUGCAAAUAAGGGACUGAAAGUGACGUUCAGUGAUUGGAUAGUUACAGAAAAUGGUUACUAUUGUGUUCUAGUGGAGCUCUAUAUAAGCAGGCUGGCUGAACCCUUCAGUUCAGUUCUGUUCUGGCCUGUGAAUAAACAAGAGCUGUUUGAAGAAUCACUGUGUCGUCUGAUAUGUUCACCCACAACUUAACAGAAUAUAUGAGUCCUGGUCUGUACUAUGAUGUGCUGUACAUUUUGUAAAACGCUUUACGAGACGAUAUCAUUGUUAAUUGUUUUUCCAUCACAAAAAACCAUACUAAGAGGGUAUGGAGUUAUGCAACCCCCGAGCCAAGGAGAUAAGUAACUAUAAAACCUUUCAGAGACAUCUGAAAGCAACCCUGUUAUAGGGAAGAUUUUUAAAUGCUGAAUGUGUUGUUAUAUUUUUACACAUGUUGGGACCCACCCAGAGUGGCUGGAGCAACUCAGUCAGAUAGUCAGGGUAUAAAUAGUAAAAUUAUCAUCAUUAUUAAAUAGGACACCCCUAUUUUCACUGAAGAAAUGUUGGAGGGUGUGUGUGUUGUAUCCAACAUUAGUCAUGCUCAGAGUAGACCCAUUGAAAUGAAUGGACAGGGCUAACUUAGAUCCUUAGGGCUAACUGGGUAUAUUUUAAGUAAUCAUACCCUCCAACAUGUCUUGAGUAAACUGUGAUUGGAUAUAACCGUAUACAUUCCUAUAUAUUAAUUUUUACUUCUUGUCAUCCACCAUGGAGGCCUGAAAGAUUGCGCGUAAACAUUUAAAAUAAAUGUUUGAUUCCAGGCCAAAUCAACAGAGCAUAACACCUCAACUGGUUGGGGAGUUAAAUGAGAAUUGGGAAUCCCCUUGGCAACUGCUUAGACCCUCACACAGACGAUCACUUUACAUUUAGAAAAUUGUCAUUGUAAAGGAAUCCACUCUGACUCAGUCACACAGGGGAUGGGAGCAGUGAAGAUUACUAAGAGCGAUAACAUUAAAUUUUAACCAUUCUUUCAACAGAGACUUUAGAAAAUCAACAACGCAUUGUCCUGAACCUCCACUGUCUCGCUCGGUUUCUUUGCAAAUGGCGGCUCUGAAGUUUUUCCUUUUAAUUUGUAUAAUAUCCACCUUUGGCCAAAAGAAGAAUGUUGCUGCUCUUCAAAGGUAAGUACUUGUUUUCUAAUGAGAGAGAUGGGAAAACUCCACAUAGAAUAGAAGCAUAUUGUCCAAUGGUUGAACCUAACAUGAGACAGAUAUCCAAAUAUGCUUAUUACUUUUUAACCGAGAUAUAUAGACCAGUGUAGAAUGUAGCAAAACGUCUCUUUUGGAAACAUAAAUUCUUAGCUGUUACUCAUUACAUGAAGUAUUUGGCACGGUCAAAUUACAAAUGGACUUGUAUACUGUAAUGUUGCACACUGAGACUAAUAGCUAAACCCAAGACCUAUACUCAAAGCAAGUCCCAUUGAGAUCAAUGGAACUUACUUCCAAGUAAGUGGGCAUGGGAUUGUGUCCUAAAAUAAGGAAACGUUAUUUUCAUUUUACCAAAAUCUUAAAAUAAUGACUCCCAUGUGUAAACAGAACCCAUUUCUGUGAGAGCAAUGAGUCAUUUGGGUUACGGUUCAUUUUGUCUAAGUCUUGUUAUGCUUUUCAGAAGCAAAGGCAGAUAUAUUUAUUUGAGAGCCGAAACAUAAAAGAGAGAAACAUAAAAAGAGAAACAUAAAAAAAAUGCCAGGAAAGAUUAAACCAUACAAAUCUUCAGCUCUUUCCAAUGUACAAGUUUAGGAUAAUGUUUUGACACUCCGUGGACUUCAGAAAACUUCAUGGACUUUGAUAAACUCAAACAUUGCAUUUCACUAGACUUUGAGGAAAACUGAACAUCAUCAUCAUUAUUGAAUAUAUACGGUAUAUUAUUAUUAUUGAAUAUAUAUAGCCCAAUACCUGGGGGUCUUAGGGCGGUUCACAGAAUAAAAUCAAAACACAUAAUCAAAAUAAAAACAACCACCCAAUAGCCUCCCCUCCAAAAGUACACAUUUUAAAAGGGCAUAGGAUAUAUUCUCCCCAUAAAAGCAGACAAAAUUCUCCCACAAGACAAGUAUGCCUCUUCCCCAAGAUCGUACAGCACGAGAACGAUCAUAUAAUGCACAGACACUAAAAUCACAGUCUCAUAGGUUUACAGUGCAACGCUGGGCAUGUUUACUUGGAAGUCAAUCCUACUUCGAUGUGAGUUACUCCCAGGUAAGUCAAUCUGGGAGGAGGACUCCAGUGUAGCGCUAUUGCAGUCCCUCAGUCUGAGCAAGCAUUUCCCCUCCCCCCCCCAUGUGCUGUUCUGGGGGGGUCUCCCACCUCACCCCCUGAGUAUGUGGGGGGCAGUGGGGGGCAAGAGGGAGGGGGAGGCCCCAUUGAGCCAGCAGGAGUCCUUGUUCAGGCUUCUGCUGGUGGGAUACAGUUUAAUCUGGCUCUGUCCAUACUUCAGUUUAAUGUGGUUGUGAACCCCUUAUGCCUCCUUUAAUUUCCUCUUCUCCAUGUGGCCUCUUCCUCCAACUACAGUGGUACCUCGGGUUACAGAUGCUUCGGGUUACAGACGCUUCAGGUUACAGACUCUGCUAACCCAAAAAUAGUAUCUCGGGUUAAGAACUUUGCUUCAGGAUGAGAACAGAAAUCGGGCGGCGGCAGCGGGAGGCCCCAUUAGCUAAAGUGGUGUCUCAGGUUAAGAACAAUUUCAAGUUAAGAAUGGACCUCCGGAAUGAAUUAAGUUCUUAACCCGAGGUACCACUGUACUGCUGUUCCACACUUUUGCCUCCCUAAAUCUGUGGUCUAAACCGCUGAGCCUCUUGGGCUUGCCGAUCGGAAGGUCAGCUGUUCGAAUCCCCACGAAGGGGUGAGCUCCCGUUGCUCUGUCCCAGCUCCUGCCAACCUAGCAGUUCGAAAGCACACCAGUACAAGUAGAUAAAUAGGUACCACUGCGGCGGGAAGGUAGACGGCGUUUCCGUGCACUCUGGUUUCCGUCACGGUGUUCUGUUGCACCAGAAGCAGUUUAGUCCUGCUGGCCACAUGACCCGGAAAGCUGUCUGUGGACAAACGUUGGCUCCCUCGGCCUGAAAGCAAGAUGAGCGCCGCAACCCCAUAGUUGCCUUUGACUGGACUUAACCAUCCAGGGGUCCUUUACCUUACCUUUACUUACCUUAUGCUGUAUGUAGUUGAUGUAGCUUUCUUAUUCAGAUUUUCAAAGCGGAGCAAAUCUCCGUAUGGACAUGCUGUGGAAUUGAAAAAGGCACAAUCCGCAUUUACCCAAAGUAUGGACAUGUCCUUAGUCCAAUUGGUCCUGGUUUGUAGCAGAGUUGAUUUGAUUUAAAUCACGAUUUAAAGCACUAGUCAGUAAGACUUUAUUUAAAUCUUCUUCUUUUUACAUUAAAAAAUUGCAUUAUAAAGGAAAGAAUAGACAGAGUAAACGAGAAUAUUUGGAAGUCUUUUUAAAGUUUAUUCUUAGAAAUCUUUUUUUUCUUUUUCUUUAUUUUUACAAAAUUGUAUUUGUAUGAACAUAAAUGACAAUAUGUUACUAUAUUUGUACAGAAGAAUUGUAUAAUAUUAUGUAUUUGCUUUUUCUUUUCUUUUCUUCUUUUUUCCCUUUCCCCCCUUCAUUUCAGCUUUUGUAUUGAAUAUUGCUAUAUAUAUAGGCUUUUUUUUUUUUAAUUGAAACUAAUAAAGAUUAUUUUUUAAAAAAAAUUCAGGAAGACUCAUACUUGCUGGUAUAAUCUUAAUAUUUAAAACCAGAUGAAGGUUUCAUUUUUGGAAUAAUACAUUUUCAGAGUAGUUUUUACAGUUAUAUCAAAAAUUACUGAUUUGGUUACAGUAUUAGAAAUACAUAGACCGAUAAUUAUUGAAUUAUUGUGAGGUUUAGUAAGUUAACUGUUUAUAUUUGGACAACUUUUCUGCUGUACUUUAUUGGAAGAAGAAAAAUAAUCAUUUCCUUAUUGACAAUUUAAACAGUUUAUUUAACUAAGACAAUAACAUUAUAUCAUGUGUAUCCAUGUUCGUUAACUGAUGUGGUUAAACAAUAAAACAAACAAACUGACUUUAGCAUACAUGAAAAACUUAAAACAAAUCCUUAUUUCCUGACGGACUAAAAUGUAACUUAAAUAGAAAGCUGUUUUUAGAAAGAUUUUUGCUCCAAAAGCAUUUUAUUUUUUAAAAAAUCCAAUUUAAAUAAAAAGAAUAACAAUCUGAUUUAUUUAUUUAUUUAUAAUCAUUGUUUUUUUAUCCACCCUGGUUUCUAAUAAUCAUUUUUAGUUUUGGGCUUUGGGCCUGCUAUUCGUGUGUCGGGCUGUGUUUUGCGGUGAUUGCCCAAGAGCAAGGUUGGCAGAGUUACUCACUGUGUACUAAAUGAGGGACAGAGAGUACAAGGGAUUUAAAAUUAAAAUUAAACCUCCUCCAAGCACUUUUAGAAUGGUCUAGCUCACAGGUGUAAGUGACUCACUUCAGGACUGCAGUAUCAAACAGCAGCUGGACCUGUGAAUAGCUCAUUCGCACAUCCGAAUGCCACAAGCAGAACUUUUCCAUCACCUCAAAAGCAGAGCACAAGUUUGUUAAAUCCUAUCGACGUCAGUGCACCUUGGCUGUGUAGACGCAGGCUGGCCUUUUAGCUUCAGUUGAUAUUCCAAUUAAAAUAGCCAUGCUAACAUACCCUCCAACAUUUCUCCAAUGAUAAUAGGGACAUCCUAUAACAAUAAUUUUAUUAUUUAUACCCUGCCCCAUCUGAGUGGAUUGUCCCAGCCUCUCAGGCUUCCAACUUAUAUAAAAACAUAAUAAAACUGGCUUCAGAUGUCUUCUGAAGGUAGUUUAGUUACUUAUCUCCUAGGCUCAGGGAUCGCAUAAUUCCAUACUCUCCAACAUUUCUGCUAUGAAAACAGGGACAUCCUAAGGAAAAGCAGGAUGUUCCGGGAUCAAAUCAGAAACCAGAAUGGCUUCUGUAAAUCCAGGACUGUACCUGGAAAAUAGGGACACUUGGAGGGUCUGUACUAAUUAUUAUUAUUAUUAUUUAUUAAGUUUCUAUACUACCUGUUAUGUACUGAAGUUCUCACCCUGGGCCAGCAGGGGGAUACUGUAGAUAGUUUUCACUCAGGUCCACAUAUGCAAAUAAGGGACUGAAAGUGACGUUCAGUGAUUGGAUAGUUACAGAAAAUGGUUACUGUUGCUUUGUAGUUGAGCUCUAUAUAAGGAGGCUGACUGAACCCUUCAGUUCAGUUCUGUUCUGGCCUGUGAAUAAACCAGAGCUGUUUGAAGAAUCGCUGUGUCGUCUGAUAUGUUCACCCACAACUUAACACUACCCUUCAUCCCAAGAUCACAGGGCAGUUUACAAUAUACCACAAAAAUACGUAACAAUCAAUAACAAUAUCACCCCACCCCCUCUUAUGUGUUUAGGGCAGGCAUAGGCAUAUUCGGCCCUCCAGAUGUUUUGGGACUACAACUCCCAUCAUCCCUGAACACUGGUCCUGUUAGCGAGGGAUAGUGGGAAUUGUAGUCCCAAAACAUCUGGAAGGCCGAGUUUGCCUAUGCCUGGUUUAGGGUGUUAAAAACACCAGUGCAAGUAGAUCAAUAGGUACUGCUGUGACGGGAAGGUAAACGGCGUUUCCGUGCACUCUGUUUUCCGUCACAGUGUCCCAUUGUGCCAGAAGUGGUUUAGUCCUGCUGGCCACAUGACCCGGAAAGCUGUCUGUAGACAAACGCCGCCUCCCUCAGCCUGAAAGCGAGAUGAGCGCCGCAACCCCAUAGUCGCUAAAAAGAUAGCAUAUGAAACAGGCAUGUUUUAAGAACCCAGCUUUUGUUGUGCCCUUCUUGCCCCUACCUGGCUAUGCUUGGGCCCACCCGCCUGACAGCCAUCACCAGUGUCUGUGGAUUGUGAGGCUUCUUGAAAACGCGCUGGGUGGUUUUAAGAACUCAUAAAAGCAUCCCUGGCACACUUUUUUUGGAGUUCUACUCAUAUUAGGGGUCUGGUGGUUCCUUUGCAUGUCUUCAGUGCUUCUCUACUACCAAUACAGUGGUACCUCUGGUUGCGAACGGGAUCUGUUCCGGAGCCCCGUUCACAACAUGAACAGAUUGCAACCCGCGUCUGUGCGGGUCGUGAUUCGCCGCUUCUCCGCAUGCCUGUGCCGUCAUUUUGCGCGAGCGGCAAAACCCGGAAGUAACCCUUUCCAGUACUUCCGGGUCGCCGCGGGACGUAUCCUGAAAGGACGUAAUAUGAAGCGGACGUAACAAGAGGUAUGACUGUAAUCCCCUUUCCCCCUCUCUCUCUUCCAGUGAUCAGGUUUUGUGGGCUCUUCCUCAUUCGGACAGACAUGUUGAGUUCCUUCAGAAUUUGACCACUACUUUUAAGGUAACUGCUUCUGGGGGGAAGCCAUUGCAAUUAAUGGGUGGUGUUAUCCAACAUUCCUGUUCUGCUCUUGCAAAAGAGACUUCCACAGAUCAAAGUGGUAAGGGAGUGUGUGAUUCAUCCUGUUUCAAUUUUUAUUUCAAAGAACACAAUUCUUUUCACCACUGGGCCUGAAUACAAAGGACACCUUAAACCAGGAGUUGCACAAUAUUGCUUCACGGAGAGCCUGCAUUCUACAUUCCAUGUAAUUGUCGUGAUAGAGGCAUGGUAUUCACAUGCUGACACAAUCAUCAUGCUGACACAAUCUUCCCUACAUGCUUCAGGGCUGUCCGUAUAUUUACUAUUGAUGUGCCAGUCAGAAGGUCGGCGGUUCAAAUCCCUGCGACUGGAUGAGCUCCCAGCUCCUGCCAACCUAGCAGUUUGAAAACACGCCAGCACGAGUCGAUAAAUACCGUAUUUUCCCGUGUAUAAGACGCCCCCAUGUAUAAGACGACCCCUAUUUUUUUAAACUCAGAGUUAAGAAAUUGUUUAGCUUUUGGGGGGAUGGGGGAGGUCACUUCUGCCAAUCGCUCACCCGCCUGCCUGUCACUGCCAGUCGCUUGCCACAGCCACUGCCGAUUGCACACCUCACCGCAGCCACCAAUUGUCUGCCCACUUGCUGCCACCAACAACCCACCUGCCCACUUGCUGCAGCCGCCAAUUGCCUCCCCAAUUGCCGAAGCCACAGCCAGUCACCAGCAGGCCUUGCCGCAGCUGCCGAUCACCCGCCCAAUCGCCGCUGCCAAUCUCCUGCUUGCUUCUGCCAUUAAUUGCACGUCCCCCCUCCUCUACAUUCACUAUCUGUGUAUAAGACACCCAAUUUUUGCCUAACUUUUUUUAGCAAAAAGCAUUGUCUUAUACAUGGAAAAAUACAGUAGGUACCGCUGCGACAGGAAGGUAAACAGUGUUUCCAUGCACUCUGGAUUGCGUCACGGUGUUCCGUUGCACCAGAAUCGGUUUAGUCCUGCUGGCCACAUGACCCGGAAAACUGUCUGUGGACAAACGUCGGCUCCCUUGGCCCGAAGCGAGAUGAGUGCUGCAACCCCAUAGUCGCCUUUGACUGGACUUAACCAUCCAGGGGUCUUUUAUCUGACCUUUUUACCUCAUUCAAUUAAACAGUAUUUGUUGCCAUUAUAUAUAUCUUAAGCUCAGCCAGCUGUUUUUGAGGGGUUUUGGGGGGAGUGGGGGAGUUUUGGUUUUUUUAAAUAAAUUUUUAUUAAAGAUUUAAACAAAACAUAUUAUCCAAUAAUAUCACAUCCUUAAUUUUCCCCCAUUUUCCUCCCACCCUCCCAUAAAGGACCCCACCCCACCCGGCUCCCCUCAGUUCCAGUCUUUGGUUUCUCUGUGAAUACUGUUCUCUGCAUGUUACAAAAUUGUAUAAAUCCUUAAAUUGUCUAACUGAUUAUUGUCAGUAAAGAGUUUGUGAGUGUUUAUUCAAAACCUGCCAAGGAGUCCAAUUCACUUUGUUGCAUCAUCAAAUACUUUGUAAAGGUUCCCAUUCAUCUCUGAAGUCACAGUUGUCCUUGUCCCGUAGCUUAUGUGUCAAUUUUGCCAGUUCCGCUUAAUACGUCAAUUUCUCUUGCCAUGAUUCUUUAGUUGGGAUUUCUUCGUUCUUCCAACCUUGUGCUAUUAAAACUCUUGCAGCCGUUGUUGCAUACAUGAAGAUAUUUUUCAGCUUUUUUGGCAGGUCUUUUCCCACAAUCCCUAACAAAAAUGCUUCACAUUUUUUUACAAAUGUUAGAUGGAACAUUUUCUUCAAUUCAUUGUUUAAUUAAAAAAAUAUGAUUGCAUUGCAAUCCCACCACAUAUGAUAAAAUGUCCCCUCCUUUUCUUUACACUUCCAACAUAUAUUUGAACUAGUUUUGUACAUUUUCCCUAACUGCACUGGUGUCAAAUACCAUCUAUACAUCAUCUUCAUGUAUUUCUCCUUCAAUCUGUAAAGGGGAGAGUUAAACAAAUUGCACCCAGGGCUACUGGGAGGUGGUGAAAUUCAUGAUGUCAACAACAGGCAUCAGCCAAUCCGCAAAAUGUGCAGCUGACAUUUGCUGCAAACAUUUCCCUCGGCUCAGCUCAGCUCUGGAGAGCAUGGCAGGGGGCAACUGCCUCUGCGAUGACUCUGAAUUCCAGUUGCUCUGUUUUUGUUUUUGUUUUAAAUAAUAUUUAUUAAAAUUUCACAAGAAAAUGAUCACAUUAAUAAUAAAAAAAGAAAAAAAUUAACAAUAAAAAGAAAAAUACGCAAUACAAAAUACAAAAAGAAAAAAGAAAAAACAGUUAAAAACAAUUCCGUCUUUUCAUCACUUCUUUUACGUUUACUUGUUUCCCGGACUUCCUCAUACCUCCCUCUUUUGUAUUCCAAUUCAGUUUGUUAGCCCAGCAAUUCCUUUCCCUCCUUUUUAAUCCUGAUCUUUAAUCUUGAUGUAUUAUAACAUUAAAUUUUUACCUAUUAAAAACCAAUUUUUCCAAUUCUUUUAACCAUUAUUGCUAGAAACUGUUUAACUUCAAUCUGUCAUCAUUCUAACAUUCAUUAAUUUUACAAUAUUUCUGUAAGUAGUCUUUAAAUUUCUUCCAAUCUUCUUUCACCGACUCUUCUCCCUGGUCUCGGAUUCUGCCAGUCAUUUCCGCCAAUUCCAUAUAGUCCAUCAUUUUCAUCUGCCAUUCCUCCAGUGUGGGUAGAUCUUGUGUCUUCCAAUACUUUGCAAUAAGUAUUCUUGCUGCUGUUGUAGCAUACAUAAAGAAAGUUCUGUCCUUCUUUAACACCGAUUGGCCGACUAUGCCCAGGAGAAAGGCCUCUGGUUUCUUCAAGAAGGUAUAUUUAAAUACCUUUUUUAAUUCAUUAUAAAUCAUCUCCCAGAAAACCUUAAUCCUUGGGCACGUCCACCAAAGGUGAAAGAAUGUACCUUCAGUAUCUUUACAUUUCCAACAUUUAUUAUCGGGCAGAUGGUAGAUUUUUGCAAGCUUGACUGGGGUUAUGUACUGAAUUCCAGUUGCUCUGAAUCACAAGUGGGGAGAGUGGUUUUGUGCGCAGGAGAACCUACUUUCAGGCUUCACGCAGGCAUCCAGUUGGCCCUUGUGAGAACAGGAUGCUGGACUUGAUAGGCCACCAACCCAGUAGAACUCCUCAUUAGAGUACAGCGGUACCUCAAUUCUCAAACGCCUUGGUACUCAGACAGCUUGGAACCCAAACCUUCAAACCCGGAAGUAAGUGUCCCGGUUUGCGAACCUUUUUCGGAAGCCGAACAUGCGCCGUUUCGAGUGUUACACUUCCGGUUUGAGUGCCACACUUCCAUUUUGAGUGUUAUGCUGAGGUUUGUCUAUUUUUGCUAUUUAUUUCGCGGUUUAGUUUUUGCGGCUCUUUUUUGUUUUGUUUUUGUGACUGUGUGGAACCCAGUUCAGCUACUGAUUGAUUGUGUGACUGCAGUACAUUGUUUAUUGCUUUAAUUUUAUGGAUCAAUGGUCUCGCUAGAUAGUAAAAUUCAUGUUAAAUUGCUGUUUUAGGGGUUGUUUUUAAAAGUCUGGAACGGAUUAAUCCAUUUUGCAUUACUUUCUAUGGGAAAGCAUGCCUCGGUUUUGGAACGCUUUGGUUUUGGAACGGAUUUCUGGAACAGAUUAAGUUUGAGAACCAAGGUACCACUGUCUUGUUCUUAGACAGCCUGGGGAAACACUUUCAGAAACAUAAGAGUUUUUCUACCUGUUACCAUUUGCCAUUGUGAUUCCUUUUAAUUAAUCCAUCAUUUAUUUCAAUUUUGUUUAAAUGUUUUUGUAAACGUGAAUAGAUUGUGCUGUGGCAGCCAGAUUCCCCCAGGAACAUUAUGAAGAGCAAAGAGGUGCAUUUCUACGUCAAUGUGUCCGAUGUCGGCGAUGUGAAAGCAGCGCUUAACCAAUCAACUGUUCCGUACAAGUAAUAAUAAUAAUAAUAAUAAUAAUAAUAAUAAUAAUAAUAAUUUAUUAUUUGUACCCCGCCCAUCUGGCUGGGUUUCCCCAGCCACUCUGGGCGGCUUCCAACAAAGAUGAAAAAUACACUAAAAUGUCACAUAUUGAAAACUUCCCUGAACAGGGCUGCCUUCAGAUGUCUUCUGAAUGUCAGGUAGUUGUUCUUCUCUUUGACAUCUGGUGGGAGGGUGUUCCACAGGGCGGGCGCCACUACCGAGAAGGCCCUCUGCCUGGUUUCCUGUAACUUGGCUUCUCACAGUGAGGGAACCGCCAGAAGGCCCUCGGAGCUGGACCUCAGUGUCCGGGCAGAACGAUAGGGGUGGGAGACUCUUAUUUCCUGCUAUUCAUGCACGAAACAAAAGAGAAUCUAACCAUUUUGUUAAACGAUAUGCUCUCUCUUUCUUGUUCAGAGUUUUGCUGGAAGACGUUCAAAAAAUGGUUGAGAUACAAACUGUCAACGACACCGUCUCCCCGCGGAGCUCUUUAUCGUAUUAUGAACAAUAUCACUCUCUAAAAGAAGUAAGGCAUUCUCGUUGUUUCUCUUCUUUAUUAUAAUAUAGUUCUGUUAAUUUCUGAUAUACAUAUAACAAACAUUUCAGAAAAAGGAAAAAGUAAUAAUAAUAAUAAUAAUAAUAAUUGUUAUGUACUGAAGUUCUCACCCUGGGCCAGCAGGGGGAUACUGUUGAUAGUUCAGGUCCACAUAUGCAAAUAAGGGAUCGAAAGUGACGUUCAGUGAUUGGAUAGUUACAGAAAGUUGUUACAAUUACGUUGUUCUGGAGCUCUAUAUAAGCAGGCUGGCUGAACCCUUCAGUUCAGUUCUGUUCUGGCCUGUGAAUAAACAAGAGCUGUUUGCAGAAUCGCUGUGUCGUCUGAUAUGUUCACCCACAACUUAACAAUAAUAAUAAUAAAAUUAUUUAUACCCCGCCCAUCUGGCUGGGUUUCCCCAGCCACUCUGGGCAGCUUCCAACAAAAUAUUAAAAUACAAUAGUCCUUCAGACAUUAAAAGCUUCCCUAAACAGGGAAUUCCAACUUAUCCUCUCUCCUCAACCACACACUUCUAGGAUGGACCAGUUUAUUUAAGUUUUCCAAAGUCCAGUCUGUAAUUUUCAUGGUUGCCAUUCUUCAGGGUUAUCUGGAAGUCUUUUAUUGAAAGGUACCAUAUUUCGACAAAAUGGUCUACAUCAUUUGUAUAAUUCAAUGCAUUUAUUUGUUUGCAUUUAUAUACCAUCUUUAUCUCCCAAGGAUCAAGGUGGUUCUCCUUCUCCCCAUUUCGUCCUCACCUAACCUAGAGGUUAUCUUAAGAGAUGGAGACUGGGUCACCCUGUGAACUUCAUGGCUGAGUGGGGAUUCGAACCCUGCUCUCCCAAGUCCUAGUCCAACGCUCUAACCAUUAUGCCACACUGACUCUUCGAACUCAUUGUUAAUUUUUCUCACACAGCAAAGGCAUUCUUAUUGUUGCUUGUUAUUAUUCUGUCCCAUCUCAGACAGGCUGGUGGGCUCAGACACUUAACAGAAACCUAAACCUUAAAAUAUUGCACCUAGCCUGGUCUCAAGAAAUAGCCAGUUCUAGGUAUGAGAAAGCAAAUGGGGUAUGCUUUAUUUUCAUAUUUAAAAUAGGCAUCGAUGUUGACUUUUUAAAAUAAUUCUACUUAUUCCAUUUUAGAUAUACUCCUGGAUGACAGAAAUAGCAGCACGACAUUCGGAUAUCCUCCAAAAAAUACACAUUGGGGAUUCUUAUGAGAAACGACCGCUCUAUGUUUUGAAGGUACGGUUUGUCAAGAGCUCCCCACCUGUACCAGAGGCCUUGCGUGGAUUCCCUUUUGAACCCUGAGAGAGUUAGAAUAAUCUCUGGAGUCAGGCUUGUGGAAUUUAUCUACCAUGAGGCCGAGUGAGGCAGCUGCCUUGGGCGGCAGAUACUGAAGAGCAGGGACUAGACAGAGCUGUUUGUGCCAUGUGUCCUGGCCUACACUAGCCUUAUGCCCCCAUCCUGUUCCAUCAUCAGUGUAAAGGUAAAGGGUAAAGGGUUGUGGCCGACUCUGGGGUUGCGUGCUCAUCUCGCUUUACUGGCCGAGGGAGCUGGCGUACAGCUUCCGGGUCAUGUGGCCAGCAUGACUAAGCCGCUUCUGGCGAACCAGAGCAGCGCAGGGCAAUGCCAUUUACCUUCCCGCCAGAGUGGUACCUAUUUAUCUACUUGCACUUUGACGUGCUUUUGAACUGCUAGGUUGGCAGGAGCAGGGACCGAGCAACGGGAGCUCACCCCGUCGCGGGGAUUCGAACCGCCGACCUUCUGAUCGGCAAGUCCUAGGCUCUGUGGUUUGACCCACAGUGCCACCCGUGUCCCAUCAUCAGUGUAGUAAGGUUGAAUUCCCAGUCUGACUGGUUUUUGUAAAUGGAGUUGGGUGAAGGAAGGAGGAGGUAACAAGAACAAGAUUCAGGGACCAGGGUAGCACCUGAGAAAUGUGUUUUCAGGAUUCGCCGUAUUCCGGUGAGUGUAAUUUGUCCUGUCCGUCUUCAAUGCUGAAUUUUAAAUUGAUGGAAUUUGCCCUGGGACCUGACGGUGAAGGGUGAGUAUCAUUUUGUAGUACAGUGGUACCUCGGGUUAAGAACUUAAUUCAUUCUGGAGGUCUGUUCUUAACCUGAAACUGUUCUUAACCUGAGGUACCACUUUAACUAAUGGGGCCUACUGCUGCCGCACAAUUUCUGUUCUCAUCCUGAAGCAAAGUUCUUAACCCAAGGUAAUAUUUCUGGGUUAGCGGAGUUUGUAACCUGAAGCGUCUGUAACCCAAGGUACCACUGUGGUAGUAAUAUCAAAUAUUCAGACAGAACUACUUUCUCCACUGAGGUAGGAAAAGUCUGUACAGUAUAGGAAAGCACUUUGAGAAAAGGUUGAGAGGAUUGUAUUAUAAUAACAUUUUAUAAACAGAGACUUGAGGCGGGGGGGAUAUAGAACACUUUUCACCUUGACAAAUGUGCUUUGAAUCCUAGAACUGUAGAGGGAUCACAAGGGUCAUCUAGUCCAACCCCCGUCACGCAGGAAUCUUUUGCCCAACGUGGGACUCGAACCCACAACUUUGAGAUUAGGAGUCUCAUGCUCUACCGACGGAGCUAUCCCAGUCGUUUGAAAUAACGUUCAAUUAGUUCAAAUUGAGGGAUUUAAUAUGCUUAUGAUAUGGGGUGGCAGAUGUUCUUUAACUAUAGCUGAACAGUGAUCUAGGCUGCAAUCAUAAGAGAACGCUGACUGGGAAAUAAGUCUCAUUGAACUCAAUAGUGGGGAUUCAUAGAAUUGCGCUACAGGUGUCUCACACGCAAGUAUUUUGUCUGUAAAAUCGGUGGACAAUGCAGAUUUUUCACACUGUUGUUAUGCAUCGUUUUACUUUAUUUUUAUAGCGUGGAGAUUCCAAACUAUGCUAGUUGUUGUGAAAUGAUAACCAGCAGGUGGUGUGAUUUUUAUGGAUGACAUUUCCCAGGGAUUUCUUUAGAAAAUUCUAGAUUCAGGUAGGUAGCCGUGUUGGUCUGACGCAGUCGAAAUAUAUAUAAAAAAUAAAAUAAAUUGUCCAGUAGCUCCUUAGAGACCAACUAAAUUUGUUCUUGGUAUAAGCUUUCGUGUGCUUGCACACUUCUUCAGAUACUUCAGAUAUCGGAAGAAGUGUGCAAGCACACGAAAGCUUAUACCCAGAACAAACGUAGUUGGUCUCUAAGGUGCUACUGGACAAUUUAUUUUAUUUUAUUUUUAUAUUUAGAAAAUUCUUCAGGAAAAGGAUAUGACCAGGAAACUUGGUACCAUCUAGAAAACCCUAUACAACCGAACUUUCUGUUUCUAUUCUCUUACUAGCUUUCUAACAGAGACAGAACUCCAAAGAAUGCCAUUUGGAUUGAUUGUGGCAUCCAUGCCAGAGAAUGGGUUGCUCCUGCCUUUUGUCUCUGGUUCAUAGGACACGUAAGUACAUGUCAUAUUUCCCCCAAACAGACUUUAUUUAGACGUACAUGGGACACCCAUUCGUGUAUAUGGUCCCAUACAGACUGUCAUAGGUAAAAUACAAAGAGGCCCUGCUCAGAGGAGGAGCAACCUGACCCUGUACCCGGAGCGGCGCUCGUCCCAGGAGGCGUGGCACGGGUUCCGGGAGCGUGACACGCCGCGCGCCCCAGGAGGUGCCGCCGAUCGGGGGUCGGUAUUUUGUCCCUCCCCCCUUUGGAAUGGCACCUGGGGCAGUCCACCACCCCCCACCCCUGCCUCAGAACUUCCUUGGCCCUGCUUCCAAAGAGCUUACAGUAUAAAAUAAAUGGAGGGGAGGGGAGGGACAAGGGUAGAAUAGGAAGGAUGCUGGCAAAUGAAAUUCCACUUACUUAAAACACUUGAUUAAGUUAUUAAUGAGGAUUUAGUGGUCAAGCCCAAAGCCUUUGUCGGGGACUUUCUGCCUCUCCUACGGUCUCUCAGUCAAGUGCAUGCCUUCUAACAUUUCUCUGAUAAAAAUAGGGUAAAAGGGACCCUCACCAUUAGGUCCAGUCAUGACCGACUCUGGGGUUGUGGCGCUCAUCUCGCUUUAUUAGCCGAGGGAGCCGGCAUACAGCUUCCGGGUCAUGUGGCCAGCAUGACUAAGCCACUUCUGGCGAACCAGAGCAGCACACGGAAAUGCCGUUUACCUUCCUGACAGAGUGGUACCUAUUUAUCUACUUGCACUUUGACGUGCUUUCGAACUGCUAGGUUGGCAGGAGCAGGGACCGAGCAACGGGAGCUCACUCUGUCGCGGGGAUUCAAACCGCCGACCUUCUAAUCGGCAAGUCCGAUUGGUUUAACCCACAGCACCACCCGCGUCCCUUAAAAAUAGGGACAUCCCUAAUAAUAAUAAUAAUAAUAAAUCCUUUAUACCCUGUCCAUCUGGCAGGGUUGCCCCAGCCUCUCUGGGCUGCUUCCAACAGAUAUAAAAUCAUUAAACAUUAAAAAAAUACUUCCAGGACUGUCUUCAGAUGUCUUCUAAAGGUUGUAUAGUUACACAUCUCCUUGGCUCAGGGGCUACAUAACUCCACACCCUCCAACAUUUCUGCUAUGAAAACAGGGGCAUCCUAAGGAAAAGUAGGAUGUUCCGGGAUCAAAUUUAAAAUCGGGACAGCUUUUGUAAACCCAGAAUGGCUUCUGUAAAUCCAGGACUGUCCCUGGAAAAUAGGGGCACUUAUAGGGUCUGCAAGGGCCCCCCUUGGUGGGCUUAUCUGGUAGCAGCAAUUGUGCUCUGGGAAGUAUUGUGUAGCUUGCUCUACCCACCAUUUUAAUUUCCCACAAUGCUCCUAUAAUAUAGCCUCAUUGUGAGGUGGUAAGAAUUCGCCUCUACACCACCUUGUUCGUUACCCAGGUGAGGAACAACCACCCUUUGAAUAAACCACAGAACCAAGGAAACUAUUUUCAAGUCCAGCAUCUGGAUUUAGGGACCCAGUGUUUAUUAUAUAGCUAUUGCAGUAGGACAGAGCUCACUCGACUCAACGUGCCAGUUGAGAAGGCCUGCCCCAAGGCGCUUCAGAAGAAAAGCUUAUAUACCGUAUUUUUCGUCCCAUAGGGCGCUCCAGCCCAUAGGACGCACCUAGUUUUUUGGGGGGGAAAUAAAGGAAAUUUCCCCCCCUUUAUUUCCCCCCCAAAACCAGGUCGGGGAAUCCAAACCAGGUCAGGGAACAGCGGGAUGGCGGCGCUCCGCCUCCCUGCUGUCCCCCGAACUUGUGGGGCUGGCGCUGGGGAGAAACGCGCUUCUCCCCAGCGCCAGCCUCCAAACCAGGUCGGGGAACAGCGGGAAGUUGCGUUGCGCCUCCCCGCUGUCCCCCAAGCUUUUGGGCUGCAGGCUGCUGCCCACAAGCCUUGCAAGCCCGCGGGAACUCCCGCCGGGCUCGAAAGGCUUGCGGACACCUGCGCAAUUCCCGGGGUGCCCUCUGGAGGGCGUCCCGUGCUUCGGGCUGCAGGCUGCUGCCUGCAAGCCUUGCGAGCCCGCGGGAACUCCCGCCGGGCUUGCAAGGCUUGUGGAUAGCUUCCUGAAGCCUGGAGAGCGAGACGGGUCGGUGCGCACUGACCCCUCUCGCUCUCCAGGCUUCAGCGAAAGCCUGCAUUCGCCCCAUAGGACACGCACACAUUUCCCCUUCAUUUUUGGAGGGGAAAAAGUGCGUCCUAUAGGGCAAAAAAUACGGUAGUAAUUCAAACACAGCGCACAAAUAGUCCUAAAAUAUUUUCACAUGUGUCAUGAAAGGUCAUGAGAAGUAAAACACGCUUGGCUCCAUACUGGUAUCUUCAUCCCCAUAGUCACCUUGGAGUGGCCCCAAUGUGCCCAGGCCAUUUGGCCAUUUUAGGUCUCGGAUGUCUGGUGUUACCCUGGCAACCUAGCCUUCAGUGAAAGGGAAGAGAAUAAUAAAAUCCUCUUCCUGGGUCUCAGAUAGCUUCAAGGAUAGUUGGUUUGCACUCGGGUGCAUUUGUACCACUUUCAGGGGUAGAUAAGGAGAGAUGGAAUGCAGCGUACUGGCAAAUGCAGAACACACAAAAAUCAAGCCUAAUACAUUCUUAAAGGUUAAAUACAAUUAAAGUGAAAUGUGGAAACCUUAUUAAAAUAUUAAAUAAUAUACACCUGGGGUCUCUAAUUCUUAUAUCAGAGAGAAAUUUCAUUGAUAGCUCACAGCCAUCCAGCAUUGCUCAAAGUCCCAGACCUGAGGGGAUGAUGUUGUUGUGUUGUGUUGUGUUGUGUUGUGUUGUGUUGUGUUGCUUGUUUGUUUGUUUCUAAAGCUGGCUCAAGCCCUGACAGACACUAUGGCCCUGUCAAUUGCCAAAUGAUGUAAGAUUCUAAUGCCCAUGCUUGGAGUGGGAAGGACAUGAUAGGAGAGGAAUAAGCAGUUCAUUUUUGAGCAGGGCUGGCUAAAACAUGCACAAUCACUUAGAGCAUGGGUAGGCAAACUAAGGCCCGGGGGCCGGAUCCGGCCCAAACACCUUCUCAAUCCAGCCCGCGGACGGUCCGGGAAUCAGUGUGUUUUUACAUGAGUAGAAUGUGUGCUUUUAUUUAAGAUUCAUCUCUGGGUUAUCCGUGGGGCAUAGGAAUUCGUUCCUCCCCCCCCCCCAAAAAAAAUAUAGUCCGGCCCCCCACAAGGUCUGAGGGACAGUGGACCGGCCCCCUGCUGAAAAAGUUUGCUGCCCCCUGACUUAGAGAGCUUGAGUGGGUGGAGGUUUUGUCAUAUUUCGACACUUCCCAUCAAAUCUCAUUCUUUCGUUCUCUGUAGGCCACUCAGUUUCUACAGCGAGAUCAGGCCAUGGCAAGACUUCUGCGGCACGUUGAUUUCUAUGUCAUGCCAGUAAUGAAUGUGGACGGUUAUGAGUACACAUGGACUACUGUAAGUACACGUUUUAUAGAAGAAUUGUGGGGUUUGGUUUGGAGCAUCGCAAAGCUCAAGAAGACCAUGAAAUGGCUAGCUCUUCCUAGUCCUUCCACCUGAAAAGAUCCAGUGGGGAGCAGGAUAAGUUCACAAUCUUAACGCAAAAUGAAAUGCAUGCUCUUAAGAAUGCUUUCUUCCGCAUUGUUGGGAAAACUAACCUUUUCUUUAAAAAAUCAAUAAUAUAAAAUGUACCCUGGUUUCAUACAAUACCAUAUAUACAUAAUUAGGAUUAGAUUGGCUUUUCUUUCUUUUUUCUAAACUAUAGAACUUUAAACCUGAUGGUGACAGGUUGAGGGUGUUCUGACUUCACGGAACCAUUCAUGUUGUUGUUUAGUCGUGUCUGACUCUUCAUGACCCCAUGGACCAGAGCAUGCCAGGCACUCCUGUCUUCCACUGCCUCCCGCAGUUUGGUCAAACUCAUGCUGGUAGCUUCGAGAACACUGUCCAACCAUCUCGCCCUCUGUUGUCCCCUUCUCCUUGUGCCCUCCAUCUUUCCCAACAUCAGGGUCUUUUCCAUGGAAUGUUCUCUUCUCAUGAGGUGGCCAAAGUAUUGGAGCCUCGGCUUCAGGAUCUGUCCUUCCAGUGAGCACUCAGGGCUGAUUUCCUUCAGAAUGGAGAGGUUUGAUCUUCUUGCAGUCCAUGGGACUCUCAAGAGUCUCCUCCAGCACCAUAAUUCAAAAGCAUCAAUUCUUCGGCGAUCAGCCUUCUUUAUGGUCCAGCUCUCAGUUCCAUACAUCACUACUGGGAAAACCAUAGCUUUAACUAUACAGACUUUUGUUGGCAAGGUGAUGUCUCUGCUUUUUAAGAUGGGAACCAUUCAUAGCCAUCUGAAAUGUUGGGCAUGAGUGAUGUUACCCACCCACCCUGUUUCUUGUUCCUUUUGCUCAAGCAUUGAGUUGUAUCCAACAGAGCAGACCCAUUGAACUUAAUGGACCUGAAUUAGUCAUGUUUGUUAAUCUCAAUGAAUCUAUUCAGAGUAUGACUAACAUUGGCUACAACCCACUGAUUUAAUCUUCUGCGUAUAAUUUCUAUAGGAAUAUUGACUGACGUGUUCUGAAGGCCAAAGUAUUUUGGACAGGAAAGGUGCAGUUGGUUGGCAACCUCUUUCCCCCCCCUCCUGGUUAUAAAAUAAUAAUGUCUGUCUCAUCUAGAAGGAUUCCCAUCUGUUUUCAUCUUUGGCAUUCUCCAAGAUCAGCCACAUUGAAUAAUUUUAAGUUCUUCGUCUUGUAGCCCUGUGUAGAGAACAGCAUGUGCACAGGACAGCUGGAGAUCUUUUAGUUGGAUAGGCAUUCAUCCCUCCAUUGGAGGACAAACUUUUUCUAUCCAGAUUUCCUUCCAUGCCAAGGGGAAAGGAGGAAACAAGUUUGUUACCACACAAACUGAGCAUCUCCUCAGUGUCUCCCUGCGGAAUUCAAUAGCAUUCUUCUUCUUAACGAGACAUUUCCUUUUCUUGUCAUUAAGACGUUGGCUUAUUUUCCCACUUAUCUCCCUUUGCUUAUCAAGUUGAUGACCUUUCCUAGUUGGAAAAAUAGUUAUCGACACAGAGCUCUUUCUAAGAAGCAUACUCAGAUUGGAAACAAGAUUGUAGCCCUGGUUAUAGUGUCCAAAGGUCACUCCCGUCUGCGUCCACAAGCAAGACUUGAGCAAGCAGGGUGGAUAUUAUCCAUCAUAAUAAUCCAUUUAUUCAUCUCACAUCUGCAACGGGAUUUAUGAGGGCAUUUUACCUUCUAGGGAGUUAUUAAAGCGGAUCAAGAGAAAGAGAGUCAGACCUGAUCCCCUUUCCAGAUGCUGUGAUUGGUUUAAUAACAUACAUUAAAGACUGAUGGUAUCAGCCUUAAAAUACUUUUGAAUCCUUUUUUAACGGGGUACAUUUGUAUACAGAAUCGAAUGUGGAGAAAAAGCCGUUCCUUGCAUGGCGACAACAGAUGCACUGGUACAGACUUGAACAGAAAUUUUGAUGCGGGCUGGUGUGGUAAGAUGAAUUUGUGUGUUUUUUUUAAAGACACCUUUUCUGAAUAUGUAUUUUGUCCUUAAACCAACAAUCCUCUCCACCUACCUGGGAGUAAAUCCCGCUGAACUCAGUGUGACAAACCUCUGAGUAGAUGUGUCUCGUAUUUCACUGAAUCUUCAGCUGGGGCUGAGUAUAAAACCAGAUUGGGAAAACAUUGCUAUGUUUAACCGCCAUAUGACAUGUGAAUUCUAUAUUGAUGGUCUAGCUCCAUAAUAAUAUAUAUAUUAUUUAUAUGUCAACCCUCCGACUGGGUUGCCCCAGCCACUCUGGGCGGCUCCUAACAAAAUAUUGAAAACACAAUAAAACUUCAAAUAUUAAAAAACUUCCCUGUACAGAGCUGCCUUCAGAUGUGUCGUUGUUUAUCUGUUUGACAUCUGAUGGGAAGGCAUUCUACAGGGCAGGCAGGUCUACUGAGAAGACCCUCUGCCUGGUUCCCUGUAACUUCACUUCUCUUUCAAGAGUUGCGAAGUUGUGUACUCUAAUGGGCACAGAUCUCACCAGGUUAUACAGGUGAAAUAAAGUUUUGUGGAUGUGCAAGUUUAAUCAGACAAGCCAUUAGUAAUCUGGAUUCCAUCAUAGUUCCAGUCUGGCAUCUAUACAUUUCUCCUUUAUUGUCCUAAAAAGCAUACUACUAGAGAACCUUUCUGAGCUGGAAGUAUCUAAAUAGCUUUGUGAGAAGAAGAAAUCAAAAAGGAAAUGUUAAGGAUUACUCUGGAGGUCGUGAAUGAGGAAGAUUUCCUUGCCUCGGUGUAUUUGGCAGAUGUAUGAGGCCCAUAUCUGUACAAGUUUGGAGCUCUCUUUCCACCUAUCCUUAUCUCCCAGGGUGUUAACUGAAGUUCUCACGGCCUUGAUGGCCAAACCUCAAGUCGAUUAGGAAAGUAUGUCUUUCCAAUUAUGGGGGAAGUAGAUCAAGAAAAGUUUUUUCUCCCUCUCUCGUACCAUUAGAACUAGGUUUGGUUGGAGGAUUUGGGACAGUCAAAAGAGAGAACUUCUUGAUGCAGUACAUAAACUACAGAACUUGCUCCCACUGCAGGCAGCGAUGGCCAUCAGCUUGAAUGACUUUGAAAGAGGAUUACCGUAUUUUUUGCUCUUUAAGACUCACUUUUUCCCUCCUAAAAAGUAAGGGGAAAUGUGUGUGCAUCUUAUGGAGCAAAUGCAGGCUGCGCAGCUAUCCCGGAAGCCAGAACAGCAAGAGGAAUUGCUGCUUUCACUGCGCAGCAAUCCCUCUUGCUGUUCUGGCUUCUGAGAUUCAGAAUAUUUUUCUUCUUGUUUUCCUCCUCCAAAAACUAGGUGCAUCUUAUGGUCUGGUGUGUCUUAUAGAGCGAAAAAUACAGUAUACAAAUUCAUGGCUGAUAGGAUUGUCACUGGCUACAAACAGUGAUGAUUAGGUUCCACCUCCACUGUUGGAGCCAAUGUGCUUCUGAAUACCAGUUGCAAGAAACCAUCAAAGGGGAGAUGGAUGUUGCAUUCAGAUUCUGCUUGUGAGCUUCUAUGAGAACAGGAUGAUUUGCUGAUGCCCUGAUCCAGGAGAUUCUUGUGCCCUCACGUGUUUGCCUACAUUUGGAUAAGCUGCUCAGCAGAUCUUCACCUUUACCCACAAUGUUCAAAUUGUUAUUAAAUAUACUGGGUGCUGUGAGUUCUCCCAGGUCUAUGAGAUUCUGGAUUAGUAGUUGCCUUUCUGCUUAAAACUUGCAUUCCCAUAAAUUGGCUAAGCAAGAUUUCCCAUCUAUUUAUACUACAGGAAUAUAUAAAAUGUUAUGUAUGAAACAGCCACCAGUACUAUACAGGUAGAAAUAUCAAGAGGAUUUUUAUAGACUAAUGGCAGCUUGAAAUCUCUGCGUUCCAGUCUUCCUGAAAAAGAAGUCACAUAUAGGAUUGGACCUUUCACAUAUUACGGUCAUAUAUCCCAUUACUAAACAAAUAAUUGAAUAAUACUGCAGUAGCAAUGUAUGAAUCCAGUAAUGUUUCAAUAUUUAAUUAAGUUUUUGAUUUUAUAGUAUAAAUAAAAAUGCCCCUUAUUUGGUUACUCAUUGGAUUCAUACAUUUUAAAGGAAAUCGUUUUAAAUCAGCUCCUUUUGUUUUUUUAAAGGCAUAGGUGCAUCUGAUGAUGCCUGUGAUGAGACAUACUGUGGACCUUAUCCUGAGUCUGAACCGGAAGUAAAAGCUGUGGCUAAUUUUCUCAGGAAGCAUAAGAAUCAUAUUAAGGCAUAUAUAACAAUGCACUCUUACUCCCAGAUGGUUCUGUUUCCAUAUUCUUAUACAAGAAAUAAAACUAAAGAUCAUGAUGAGAUGGUAAGUAGCCUACUAUUCACGUUUUAUGUAGCCCUAGAGACCUGUCAAGGACGCGGGUGGCGCUGUGGGUUAAACCACUGAGCCUAGGACUUGCCGAUCAGAAGGUCGGCGGUUCGAAUCUCUGUGACGGGGUGAGCUCCCGUUGCUCAGUCCCUGCUCCUGCCAACCUAGCAGUUCGAAAGCACAAAAAGUGCAAGUAGAUAAAUAGGUACCACUCCGGCGGGAAGGUAAACGGCGUUUCCGUGCGCUGCUCUGGUUCGCCAGAAGUGGCUUAGUCAUGCUGGCCACAUGACCCGGAAGCUGUACGCCGGCUCCCUCGGCCAAUAAAGUGAGAUGAACGCCGCAACCCCAGAGUCGGCCACGACUGGACCUAAUGGUCAGGGGUCCCUUUACCCGUUUAGAGACCUGUCAUGGUCCUGUUUUUGAACUUGGGAUUCCCCACCCCCCAAGAGAGAGAUUUCCUUCAUAAAUUGCUAAACGCUGGCAGUUUCUACUCACAGGCUCGGUUCAAAUGUAACGCCAAACAAGGAUUUGACAUCAUGAGAAGGUGCAGCAGAGAGCAUCUUCAUGUGCUCCCUCCUCCUUCCCAUCUAGCUUCCCAUUUCAUCAAACCAUAGUUUGCGUACAAACCAGAAUUAACCAUCGUUUGGGGAUCCUAGAUUAAAAACCAACCACUUUCCUGUUUCCAGACAAAAUAGCAAAUUAGCUGGCAGGAACUUCUGGCGUCCUUUCCCUUGCAUGUGGAGGCAGCACGUGACGUUACUCAUUCUAAGGACAAGUCAUGGUUUGUCAUUACAUCUGAAUUGAGCCAGAGUGUCUGAAUAGAUAAAGCUGCUUUAUAUUCCGGUUGUCGACUCUUACUAAGGGACCUGAGAGACUCUGACCAUUCUGUGCUGUGCAUUAUUUGAGAUACUGAAGACUCAGAACCACAUUUGUGAAGCACAAAAUAUUCAACGUAAAAUAGUAUUUUGGAAAAAGCUCAAUUCUUGGAAGACUAGAACGCCAGACUAUUCCUACGGGUGUAAAUAGGUAGGUAGGCAUAUUGAAGCUUUAAGCCAGGGGUAGGCAAAUUAAGGCCCAGGGGCUGGAUCCGGCCCAACUGGUUUCUAAAUCUGGCCCAUGGACAGUCCGGGAAUCAGCGUUUUUUUUACAUGAGUAGAAUGUGUCCUUUUAUUUAAAAUGCAUCUCUGGGUUAUUUGUGGGGCAUAGGAAUUUGUUCAUUCCCCCCCCCCCCAAAAUAGUCCGGCCCCCCACAAGGUCUGAGGGAUAGUGGACCGGCCCCCUGCUGAAAAAGUUUGCUGAUCCCUGCUUUAAGCCACACUGUGCAAUGAAUGGAGUAUGGCUAGGAGAGAUAAUCUAGGCCAGUGUUUCCCAAACUGGGGUCUCCACCUGUUUUAGGACUACAAUUCCCAUAAUCCCUGACCACUGGUCCUUCUACCUAGGGAUGAUGGGAGUUGUAGUCCAAAAACAGCAGGAGACCUAAGUUUCGGAAACCCUGAUCUAGGUGAUCUAGGUCCAACAUCUGACCGACAACCAUUGGCUACCCUGUCUAGAAUUACUACUUCCCCACAUUCAAGUAGAAUUAAUUUAUGGAAACAUGAAUAAAAUAUUAUACCUUAUAUUCAGUAUUGAAGUGGUCAGGAACAUUUAAUUGCACGGAUUAGCAAAACUAGAAUUAUAGCAAAUGAAGUCUGAGAGCUGGUUUAUCUUUCCACCAUGAAGUUUCUCAACCCAUGGGAUGAAAAGGAAUUAGGGGGAUCCAGUAGCAAAUAUUUGGAUUGAAUGCUUUUAUGGUCAGCAUUUAUUUUGUUGUGGAUCACUUGAGAAUCCAAAGGAGGAAAUAAAAAGCUUUCUGGAAAGGUAAGCAAAUUGGAUCACCAGGUUACAAAUGCACGGAACUUGAACUUGCUUAUAAAAACAUCUUGCAGAAUUAACUACAGCUGGCCUCUGCCCUUAUGGUAAUAUAAAGGUUCUUCCAAGGAUUUGCAGAGAGCACUAUCGCUAAAAUCUGCUUGCUUAGCUAACACGGCUUUACUGACAUAAAGCAAAUAUAGAUUGCUUUUGUAUAUGUCAUGCCUAAGAGUGUUUCUCUGUAUAAUUAAGGAGACUUCAUCCUGGAUUCUGGAAGUGUUGGGUUUUUUUACAACAAAUACAUUUAAUGUUGUUUUGUUUUCUUCAAACCUGGCAGCAUUGAACAGUACUGGCUUUUGAUUUAGUCAGGUUUCUUUUCCUUUUAGCUAAAAGAAAGUGUACAUAAAUUGCUUGUUAGGCUUUAAGGUUUUGUGUUCUAAAACAUUAUUUCCUUCACAAUAUAAGCAAGCACUGAUUGAGAUGAUGGGUGGAUAGAUGCUCACAAGAACAGAGUGCACCAAUUCUGUAGCACAUAUUUUAAAGAGUAAAGAAUGAAGCUUUUUAUAUUACUGCAUAUAUAAUGGCCAAUAAAUGGGACAAGAAUAGAACAGCAUGAUUAUGACAUAACAUAGAACUGAGAUUUCUAUGCAAGUUUUCCUAGAGCAUUUUUUUCCUAAGUUUGCUUCUCCUAUUUUACUUUAUUUUCAAACUGUGCACUAAAGAAGGGUCAGAUAUUUUUUCUUGUGUUACAACUGUGUGAAUGCUUUAGAAUCCUUGGCUUAGCCACAUCGCUGUAUAUCUGCUUGUGUAAGUGUCUUAACUAUGUCUGGAGCUUAAACAUAAAUGUACAUAAAUUAGUGCAAUUAAGGUUUUUUCCUUAGGCUAAUUAACUUCUUUUCUUCCUUUUUUUUUAGCAACUUCUGGCAAGCAACGUAGCCAAUACCAUUAAAAGUAAACAUAGAAACCGCUAUGUUGCAGGCCCUGGUGCACAAACAAUCUGUAAGUACCUAAAAUGCUACAGUAAGAACGUAAAGAUUUUAGUAUCUUUGUGAACAGGACAUGAAUAAUAAGUAUUUCUGGCUUCUUUCCACAGAUUUAGCUCCAGGAGGUUCAGACGACUGGGCUUAUGACCUUGGUAUAAAGUAUUCUUUCACUUUUGAGCUUCGGGACAGAGGAACAUAUGGAUUUUUGCUUCCUCAGAGUUUAAUUAAACCAACUUGCUCUGAAGCGCUUACUGGAGUCAAAGUAAUAGCUGAUCAUGUUAUUAAAAACAUGUGAAACCCCCUGUAUUCAAUUUGGCGCCACACAGUAUAGUAUCAGCUAACUUACCUGGCCCAUAGGGCAGCCUAAUUCAAGUUGCUUGGUAUUCUCAUUUCAGUGAAAAUUAAACUCUGACCAUGUACUUAUCCUGUCUUUUAUUGCAAUACUAAUAGCAUGCCUAGUACUUGUUAACUUC